CACAUUGACGUAAACUUGAGUAAAAGAGUAAACUCAAAUCAGCAGGGCUGGGUGUGCUCAACACAAUGUCAAUUUGAGUUUUCGAUUUGCUCCAAAUGUUCAACAAUUUUCCUGAGUGAAGCAUCUGAGCCGAAAUGAACGACAGCGAAGUAGAAUUCCACAUUCGGCACAACUACCCGUGGAGCAAGCUGCCGAAUUCAGCUAAACAAUGUGUUGGGAACAGCCAGAAAGAAUAUGACAAAGCAGUCGUCUCAUUCAGCAUUAAAAAUCAACUGCGGUAUAGAGGAAAUUUAGUUGGACAGUGCUAUUUUAGCGUUCGACAAUUGCAGCCAGCAGAAAGGCGGUACUACGAAGAGGUGCUGUCCUAUAGUCAAAGCAAACUGCUUCUCUACCCCUACCACCUGAGCGAUGUUGUGGUGCAGGGUCUCAGGGUCACCCCUUUCCAGUACUAUCUUGCCAUGCUCGAAUCGAUUAUGGAGGCAGAGCGAAGUUACGACUCGCUGCCAAACUUCACAGCUGCUGAUUGUCUCCGAUUGCUUGGCAUCGGCCGAAACGAGUACAUUGACCUGAUGAAUGAGAGCCGCAGCGGUCGCCGCCUCUUCCGUAGGAAAGCUCCACGCUCUUUGCUACCUCGGAGUCCACACAAGGUUGCCUUGGAGCCCUGGUGGAUCGCCCAUGUUGGUUGUGUCACUGACGAUGACGUCAAGUCCAUAGGGGCAGAUGAAAAAGAGGUGGUGGACAGACUCGUUGAUCAGGCUGGGAAGGGAAUCAGAGCAGGAGAACUAGACCUCAGAGUCGUCCAUAAUCUGUACAGGCUAGGCUUGAUUUACAUAGAUGUGCCAAUUGAAGACUCGGACUAUGUGGUUGUGACUUUACUCGAAGGAUUUGUGAUGAAUCGGGUGCUGGGCGAUUAUUUUGAAACACUGCUGUACAAAAUUUUUGUAUCAAUCGACGAACACACGUCUGUAGGCGAGUUGGCGAAUGUCCUUCAAAUAGACGUGGACAGCGUGCGGACAGCAGUGUCAUUGUACUGCCGGCUAAAUUUUGCCAAGAAGAAAGACACCGAGGGCAUCAGAUGUCAUCCGUCUUGGAUGGCGACCUCUCCUCGCGGAGAAGGAAGGCCAAGAACAGAAGAACUGUUGGCUGAACCUGAGAUGCAACUGCGGUUUGAAGCCACGCCAAUUACGGACCCAGGCCUUCCCACCCCGUGCACAGACGCCUCGCCCUGCGUCACUGACGAAGAAGUGACGAACCGACUUCUGGAGCCACACUCAAAGGCCCGGCGCAUUGCCUUCCUAUUUGACUCUACCCUGACCGCCUUUCUCAUGAUGGGCAAUCUUUCACCUGGGCUCAAAAGCCACGCAGUCACCAUGUUUGAGGUCGGAAAACUGGCUGACGAAUCCCUGUCUAGUCUUCUAGCCGAGUUGGAGAGGGUUGAAGCGGGUGGCGAAGGUGAGGCCCAAAGGUACUUUGACCACGCUCUGGUCCUGAGACACACCAUCCGCGCCCUGCGCCACAAUGCGGCUCUGGGGCCUCUCAGCUUGGCACUCGACUUGGUGCGUUGCGAGUCCCUGCAGUCCCUGGAACCCCUCACCAGAGGCCGGCUGCUCAGCAAGAACUAUGCCCUGCUUGUUUCAAUGGCUCCGCUGUGUAGAGAAAUCAGGCCCGUUGCCAGCUGUGGUCCUCCUCAUUUGGGUCCUGCUCUUCCAGAGGUCAACUCUGCAUGGUUCAAACUCUUUCUAUAUCGUUUAACCGGUCAAGGACCGCCUUCAUUGCUGCUGUCGCGAGGAACUCGGCUGCGUAAGCUGCCCUCUUGGAUGCGGCGCACUGACCGAUUGCUCAUCACCGUCUGGGGCCACGACCCUGCACAUCUGCCACUCUCAGCUGCUUUGUUCUCACUCAAUGAGGCGCUGUGCCACUCAGCAGUUUUAGUGCAGGCUGCUGGGAGGGAGACUGCGUUGGUGCCUUUCCCUGGUAAGGACAAGCUGCAUGAACACCCUGCUGUCAAGGCAGUGAGUGAAGAGGUGGAUCUGAAACAUAACUGCGGCUAUAUCACCCUGGUGAGGGUGAGUGGAGAGGAUUCGGCAGAGGGGGAAGCGGCCAACGACGCUCUUCGGAGGCCCCACGAGUGGACUCUCCUUGACUGCUGCUUUGGGGUGCCCCUUUUUGACGCUGACGCCAACCACAGCAUUCUUACUGCUGUCCAGGAAUGUGGACUGUGGCGUCAAGAAAGCUUGGAAGCUCUGUCGGAAAGUGGAAGGAUAUUGGGUUUAAGGCUUUUAGACUUCAUUGGACAACAUCAGAGUCAUCCAGUUCUCCCUAAAGACUUUACUGUAAAUGGUGCUGGAAAGAAGGCGGCAGGUCUGGCAGUGGCAAUGCCCACUGGAAGCCUGGCCUUCAAUGAUGGUAAACUUUUCAAUGUGUGAUUUUGCAUGAUGUCCAGGCCCUGGUAAAAUUCGGUUACUUGCCGUUUGAAACCGUCUUCUAUUCAAAGGGGGCUGUGAACAAUACUGUUUAUUUGUUGUUAUUUAGCUGUACGAGAGGAAUAUGUGUUCUUGCAUACGGCCACGCAAUUAUUUUCAUUUUCCUAUUUUACUGUUGAGGAUAACACACAAUAUAUAUCUCGCUUAUAUUUUACUGAUUCAGUUACGAUGAUUGUCUAGGUGUAGCUGUCUGCGUAUUUUUUUGUUCUGCAUUUAAAAAGGUGUUGUAAAAUUUUAAGUGUAAUAAAUGAUUGUAAAAUAUUUAACUUA